CAGUUGUUAUAGCUCAAAGGCGCAAAAAGUUGUUUAUGUCGCAAAGAGCGACCUUAUUCAUUGUCUCGAAAAUCUAGUUUUAAUAAUUUUUAAACUCAAAUACUUGCAAAAUGUCUGAAGAGAAUCCUGCAAAAACUUCCCGCAUUCCAUGGGUGGAAAAAUAUCGUCCCUCCAAAUUGGAUGAUUUGAUAUCUCACGAAGAAAUUAUAUCUACAAUUAAUCGUUUUAUUAAUCAAAAACAGCUGCCCCACUUGCUGUUCUAUGGUCCACCGGGUACCGGCAAAACGAGUACAAUAUUGGCAUGUGCCAAACAAUUGUAUACACCGGCACAAUUUAAAUCGAUGGUUUUGGAACUGAAUGCUUCCGAUGAUCGUGGCAUUGGUAUAGUUCGUGGUCAAAUAUUAAAUUUUGCAUCUACGCGCACCAUCUUUAGUGGAACUUUCAAAUUGAUUAUACUCGAUGAAGCCGAUGCCAUGACCAAUGAUGCCCAGAAUGCUUUGAGACGCAUCAUUGAGAAAUAUACGGAAAAUGUACGAUUUUGUGUUAUAUGCAAUUAUUUGAGUAAAAUUAUACCAGCGGUACAAUCGAGAUGUACACGUUUUCGUUUUGCCCCCUUGACGCCGGAACAGAUAUUGCCACGUUUGGAUAAAAUUGUGGAAAUGGAAAAUUUAAAUGUUACCGACGAUGGUAAAAAGGCGCUGAUGAUACUCUCCAAGGGCGAUAUGCGUAAAGUGCUCAAUGUUCUGCAAAGUACCAGCAUGGCUUUUGAUGUUGUCAAUGAGGAUAAUGUUUAUACUUGUGUUGGCCAUCCUUUGCGACGAGAUAUUGAGAGAAUAUUGGAAACCUUAUUGUCAUGCAAAAGCUUCGAGCAGGCUUAUGAUGAUAUACAAAGUAUUAAGUCAGUUAAGGGAUUGGCUUUGGAAGACAUUCUUACGGAAUUGCAUUUAUUUAUAAUGAGGCUGGAACUUCCUAUGAGCGUUAUGAAUAAAAUUAUCAUUAAAAUGGCUGCCAUCGAAGAGCGUUUAGCCAAAGGCUGUACCGAGGGACCUCAAACAACAGCACUGAUAGCCGCCUUCUUUAUACAUCGAGAUCAUGUUACUUUAGAAAGUUAAAGGAAGGAAUUUUGUUUUGUUUUUUAAGAUAUGUUUAAUAAACAUUUGUAUUAAUUUAA